CUCAGUAAUAGAUAGAGCAGCAGAACCCUUCAAUCUCCAGAGCCCAAAGUCGAUCAAUUCAACCAUGGAUGAAGAAUCCAUCAACAGAAUUCUUGCAGAACUGGAAGCCCAAAAUCCCCUUUCAGCAAUUUCUCUCAAGGACCUUCAAACCCUUCUGGAUUACACACUCAGAACCAAUGAUUCAACAGAUCUUGAAUCUUUUUAUGCUGAAAUUUCUUCAAGAAACCUCUCUUUAACUUCAUUAACCAGUUCCAUUUCCUCCCUCAUGGAUUCUACCGGACCCACAAGAAGUACUCUUUCCCUUUUAGCCUCAAAUGUUUACCUUUCUUUGCUUUUAUCCCCUAAUUCUCCUGUUUUAACUCUGUUCACUCCCAUGGCUUUUGUGUCACUGUUGCGGUCGAUUCGUUGGGCUUUCAAGAACCCAUCUCUGGUUUCUAAUGACGGUCCUGGGGGUGAAAAUCGGGGUAGAAAAAAGCGCGGUGGAGGGAGGCUAGGGGUGGGGAAAAAUAAGGGAAAACAGGUGGAAGAGAGUGAAAAUGACGGUGAAGAGGGAGUUAUUGAGGCGAGGGUGUUUUUUAGUGUUCUGGAGAGGUUGGAAUUAGUGUUGGGCUUGGUUCAUUUGGAUAGGUUUCCGGAUAGUUUGAGGAGUUUGGUUCAGACAGUGGCUGAGAUUCCUGUUGUGGCAGUUGAGGUUUGUAGGAGUUCAGGGAGUUAUGAAAAGUUAUGCGAGUUGAGUUCUCAGAUUUUGAAUGAAGUGCUUAAAGCUGAGCAUGGGGAUCAGACAGUUUCUGCAGCUGAAGUUUUGAAGUGUUUGACACCUUUGAUGUUUCUUCCUAAAUCACAGGCUAGGAGUUUUGGAUUGCAGUUUGUGGUGAAUAGAAUGAUGAGAUUGGCUAACCAUUCGAGUGAGAUUAAGAAAGCAGUUGUCAAUUUGCCCAAGUACUUGGUGCAUAAGGCCCCGGAAAAGGCUGAGCCAAGGACUUUGGCUGUGGAAUCUAUAAUGGAGAUUGUUAAAGUUUUGGCGUUUGAGGAUCAAGUUGAAUUUACACAUUAUGUAGUCAAGAUGAGCCAAGGAAAAGGUCAAUUUAGGCUUCUGUCCGUUGACCUAAUUCUUAUGUUGAUGACGACAUUGAGAGACCCCUUGGGAUUGGAUUCAGGUGAUAAAGUUGAGAACUUGUGGGGUUUGAUUUGUUUGGAGACAUUAAUUGAGCGUUGCUCAGAUGUUACUGCUGGGAUUAAAGCGAGGGCCUUAACCAAUUUAGCUCAAGUUGUAGGAUUUUUCUCUGGGAAUAAUAGGAGCAGGACAUUGUUGAAGGAAGUGAUGGGGUUUGGGAAUGAGGGCUUGAGUAGCACGAAAUGUAGGAUGAAUGAUCUCUUGCUGAAACGGUGUAUGGAUGAGAAGGCUGCAGUCAGGAAGGCGGCUCUUUUUCUGAUCUCCAAGUUAACAGUACUUUUAAGAGGUGCUCUUGAUGGAGAAUUGCUGAAGAUCGUGGGCAUGGCUUGUUCUGACCCCCUUGUUAGUAUACGGAAAGCAGCAAUAUCAGCUCUUUCAGAGGCCUUUAGAUUAUUCUGUGAUACAAACGUAACUAAAGAGUGGCUACAUUCUGUUCCACCUUUAAUAGCUGACAAUGAAUCUAGCAUCCAAGAAGAAUGUGAGAGCCUGUUUUCAGAACUUGUUCUUGAUCGAGUAUCUAAGGUUCCAUCAGAUACCACAUCCCAUCAUCAUUCUUUCACGGAUAAGUCAAAUGGAAAGUCAAGGAUUUUGGAUAGAGAAAUUGAAUUGUUAUGUCCUGAGGGAGUUUUGUGUAUACUAAAAGAGACUUGUGAUGCAGAGGUGACUUCUUGGGUGAAGAAGAUCUGUACAAGCUUAGGAAAGAAAAAAAGGCUCAAGCCCAAGAUUGCUACAGCCCUCCAGAAUAUCAUAAGGGCGUCUGAAUCCCUGUGGUUGAGUCAUUCUAUGCCAAUCGAGAAGUGGACAGCACCUCCAGGUGCCUGGCUUCUGUUAUCAGAGGUGUCAGCAUUCCUUCCAAAGGAGGUGGAGUGGGAAUUCCUCCAUCAUCAUUGGCAGCUCGUGGACAAGUAUGAACCUGCUGGUGAGCUUAGGAGCCCACACGAAAAAAGAGAUGGCAAUGAGGAAAUGGACAUAGAACCUAAUUCGGUUGCUUGGGCAGGGGACCGUGUCUUCCUCUUGCAAACAAUCUCUAAUGUUUCUGUGAAGCUGCCUCCUGAACCUGCUGCUGAUCUAGCUCAUAACUUUCUCAAGCGACUUGAGGAGUUCAACAUGCAUUCAACUGAGGUUAAUGCUCAUGUAAAGGCACUCAGAACUCUUUGCAAGCGUAAGGCCUUAAACCCAGAGGAGGCAGAUUCCCUUGUCAUAAAAUGGGUGCAUCAACUUCUUUCUAAAGCCUCCCAUGUACUAGACAUGUAUAUCUCACAGGAUUCUGAUAAAAACAAAAACACCUUUCUUACACCACAUAGUAGUGGCACUAGGCACGGAAAAGCAGUAACAGCAUCCAUGGGUAAAUUAUUGUUACAGGCAAUUACUGCAGUUUAUACGAUUGGUUCUUUAGUAAUCAUUUGUCCUUCAGCUGAUUUAAAGGCAAUAGUUGCAGUUUUACAUACCAUUAUCACCUCUGGAAAUUCUGAUACAAAAUCUAAGAUAUCAGUGGGGCCUGCAUUUUCUGUAAAGGAGGUAGCACCUUCUUUGUACAUUCAAGCAUGGCUAACAAUGGGCAAGAUCUGUCUUGCUGAUGGAAAACUGGCUAAGCGCUAUAUUCCUCUUUUUGUGCAGGAGCUUGAAAAGAGUGAUUGUGCAGCUCUUCGCAAUAAUAUAGUUGUGAUGAUGGCAGAUUUCUGUGUACGACAUACUGCAUUGGUUGACUGUUACAUGACAACAAUUACCAAGUGUCUACGUGACCCAUGUGAACUAGUUAGAAGGCAAACGUUUGUCCUGCUUGCCAGGCUAUUACAGAGGGAUUAUGUGAAGUGGCGAGGAGUGCUUUUCCUUCGGUUUCUGUUAUCCCUUGUUGAUGAAUCAGAUAAAAUAAGGCAAUUAGCUGGUUUCCUCUUCGGAAACAUUUUGAAAGUUAAGGCACCACUUCUAGCUUACAAUAGCUUUGUAGAAGCCAUUUUUGUUCUUAAUGACUGCAAUGCCCACACCGGACGAAGUAAUCCCCAGAACUCAAAAAGUGAAAACCAGGUGUUUUGUAUACGAGGUAAUGACGACCAAUCAAGGUCUAAAAGGAUGUAUGUUUAUGUCACUUUGCUAAAGCAAAUGGCUCCAGAACACCUUCUAGCCACCUUUGCAAAAGUUUGUGCAGAAAUUCUUGCUGCUGCAUCUGAUGGUAUGCUGAAUCUUGAGGAUAUUACUGGACAGUCAGUUUUGCAGGAUGCAUUUCAAAUUCUAUGCAGCAAGGAGAUCCGAAUUCCAUCCAUCCGUGCAUCAUCAUCUGACUCAGCGGAGCUGGAAGAAGAUGGAGGUGAGGGCGGAGGAUCAGCAGCUGUUGCUAAGGGAAGAGCUAUUACACAAGCCGUUAAAAAAGGCCUAAUUCAAAAUACUGUCCCCAUUUUCAUAGAGUUGAAACGGUUACUGGAGAGUAAAAAUAGUCCUCUGCUUGGUACCCUUAUGGAAUGCCUCUGGGUCCUUCUCAAGGACUACAAGAAUGAGAUUGAUGAGAUUUUAGUAGCUGAUAAGCAGCUUCAGAAGGAGCUUAUUUAUGACAUGGAAAAAAAUGAAACGGUGAAGGCCAAGUCAGCAGCCGCUGAAGCUAUUGCAACGAGACAGAGAUCAGAAACCUAUCAGUCGCCCUGUGAUCCUAGGAUAGCAAGAUCUGGUCCCUCACAACAGCCUCUACAUAGCCAUUCAAAGGUGUCUUCAGCCAUGGCAAGUGCAGUAGCUGCAACCAGGGCUCAGGCCGUGCUCAAGCAAGUUAACCAGGGUGCAUCAACACCACCACUCAGUGCUAUGAGCGUGCCUAAGCUCAAGUCUCGCACCAAUGCUGUUACUCGAGGAGAGAAGUCAUCAGAUUUAAUAGAAUCUUUACGACGAAGACAAUCUUUUGACUCUGACGAAGAGAACUGAUUUGCUAUCAAAGUAUUGCAAGUCAGAUCUGUUUCAUGCAAUUUUUGUAUCUUUCUGAUAGAGUUUCUUUGUUCUGAGAUGGAACAAUGCAUCAUCAAUCAUCAUCAUCAUCUGUGUAGGUGGCUCGAGAUGGUCUUGAAGUGCACAAGUUCUGUCACCUUUCAAUAUUUUUGAGGGACACCUGACAAUAUUCCCACACCAAACUACCAUUAUUGACGUUUCACCCUCAUGUAUGAUGGUUCUAAAAUUUU